GGCCACGAGUCCGCGGGGGACCAGCUUCAGCCCUCAGUUGUCCCCAAUCCCCAAGGGGCUCUGAGACCUUUGGGAUUCCUGUCACAUUCACUCAAGGGCCUGCGAGGACCUAACAAGCCCCUCAGAAUCACCCCAGAGUUGCUGAGCAUGACGCGGGACGAGGCACUGCCAGACUCGUACUCAGCACAGGGCUUCUAUGAGAACUAUGAGCCCAAAGAGAUCCUGGGCAGAGGAGUUAGCAGCGUCGUCAGGCGCUGCAUCCACAAGCCCACAUGCCAGGAGUACGCCGUGAAGAUCAUUGACGUCACUGGUGGAGGCAGCUUCAGCUCUGAGGAGGUGCGGGAGCUGCGACAGGCCACGCUCAAGGAGGUGGACAUCCUGCGCAAGGUCUCAGGGCUCCCCAACAUCGUACAGCUGAAGGACACUUAUGAGACCAACACUUUCUUCUUCUUGGUGUUUGAUCUGAUGAAGAGAGGGGAGCUCUUUGAUUAUCUCACUGAGAAAGUCACUCUGAGUGAGAAGGAAACCAGAAAGAUCAUGAGAGCCUUGCUGGAGGUUAUCCGCAACUUGCACAAACUCAACAUUGUGCAUCGGGAUCUGAAGCCCGAGAACAUCCUCUUGGAUGAUGACAUGAACAUCAAGCUCACAGACUUUGGUUUUUCCUGCCAGCUGGAGCCAGGAGAGAAGCUUCGAGAGGUCUGUGGGACCCCCAGUUACCUGGCCCCUGAGAUCAUUGAAUGCUCCAUGAACGAUGACCACCCAGGCUAUGGGAAGGAGGUGGACAUGUGGAGCACAGGGGUCAUCAUGUACACCCUGCUGGCUGGCUCCCCGCCCUUCUGGCACCGGAAACAGAUGCUGAUGCUGAGGAUGAUCAUGAGUGGCAACUACCAGUUUGGCUCACCUGAAUGGGAUGAUUAUUCAGACACUGUGAAGGACUUGGUUUCCCGCUUCUUGGUGGUGAACCCCAAGGGCCGCUAUUCAGCAGAAGAGGCCUUAGCGCAUCCCUUCUUCCAGCAGUAUGUGGUGGAAGAAGUGCGUCACUUCAGCCCCCGGGGCAAGUUCAAGGUGAUCGCUCUGACGGUGCUGGCUUCGGUGCGGAUCUACUACCAGUACCGCCGGGUGAAGCCUGUGACCCGGGAGAUCGUCAUCCGUGACCCCUACGCCCUCCGGCCUCUGCGCCGACUCAUCGAUGCCUAUGCUUUCCGAAUCUAUGGCCACUGGGUGAAGAAGGGACAGCAGCAGAACCGGGCUGCCCUCUUCGAGAACACACCCAAGGCUGUGCUCCUCUCCCUGGCUGAGGAGGACUAAUGAGGGGCUGGCAGGCGGGAAGGUAGGGUCGGGGGCAGGCAAGGAGGCAAAGCCACAGAAAUGUCAGUUGAGGAGCAAGAUCAUGUCCAGGCCUCUGUCCAGAGGGGGCCCUUGGCCCUGGCCAGGACCCCUGGAACUAGGGCCACUAUCCCCUCUCAGAGGCUCUGCACAAGAAGAGCAGGGUGCUCCCAUCACAUGUUGGCAAGUGUGCUCAGGGCCAGGCCCCACGGAAAGGGAACCAGAGGUGGUUUGAGAGCCUUCCUGCUUCUCUACUUCCCAGCUGUACCACCAUCUCAGGUCCUUCUCAGGGGAGGACCAGAGUUCCUGACACUCAUGUGUACAUCCCUGAGGGUCCCAGGGAGAGGAUAAAAAAGAGGACAGUUUGAGAUACACAAUCACAGAGAUUUUACUGACCUCACAGCAUCCGGGGACAUCAUGGGAGCAGGUUCUUUUCCAGGGACAUGUGUUUACAGGCAUAUGGAAGCCCUCAUAUAAUUAACAAUAGGAAGGGAAAGUUCUGGUAUUUGUCUCUCUGGAGUAUUAUUUACUUUGUGACUCCCACAGUGUAGUUCUGUCUGGCACAUAAUUCGGUUCUCCUAGACCCUUUUAAGACUCACAUUGUGCUUUAAAGAGCCCAGCUACUGCAUUCUACAUACUGAUAACAGAAAUUAGGUUCUUUCAGAGGCAUACGAAAUACUACAAAUGAGGCUAAUGAAGAAAGUAUUUUCCUUCUAUAGCAGUUUGCUGAGAAAACAAAGAAAAAUGGGGAAAUUCUGCCUUGAGAAAACAAUGUCGGAUCCCUGCAUCAGACACUGAGAAAGGGGGAGGGAACAGACUUAAAAAUUUUUAACAAAGUGCCUUUCAGAGCACUCUGCCCCAACUGUUUGAGGACUGGCCCCUAUAUGGUUAAUAUCUGACCUCUAAGAGAAACGCCCAGCUCCCCCGCCACCAUCAAUAAGUCAGGUCCCUUCUUCAAGAGACAGCGGUACCCCUCCUCUGAGGUCA